AUGAUUUGGUGCUAAAAUAACGGCUGUUUCUCUAAAAUCUUCAGAAUUGAUUCUUCUUGUCCUGGUGUAAAGAAUGAACUAUGUUGUGUUUUUUAAGUAUUGUAGAUCAGAUUAACCAAUUAGCUUUCAAAAUAUCUUUAAUAAUAUAAAUUAGUAGAAGGGGCUGGACAUUCAAGCUAGAGAUUCAUCACUGUUUGCUUCUUGUACAAUUCUAUGGACUAUAAUAUUUUUAGAAAGUGA